AUGGAGGCGGCGGUUGGCGCCGCGAACUGGCUUCUCGGCAAGCUGCUCAUAAAGCUGUCCGAUGACUUCGUUGCCGAGUUCGUGGCCAGCUCCGAGCUCGGCCACAACUUCGAAAGCAUCAAGCUCCGGCUGCAGUACACGCUGGGGCUGCUCCAUGCGGCCCAGGGCAGGGACAUGACCAAGAGCCCUAACCCUGGCCUGCAAGGCAUGCUGGCCAAGCUAAGCAAGAAGGCGGAUGAGGCUGAGGACCUGUUGGAUGAGAUCCACUACUUCAUCAUCCAGGACAAGCUUGACGGCACCAGCGAGGCCACUGUCGAGGACGACCCCAGCCCACAAAUUGGGGAUGUCCUCCGUGGCCACGCUCGGGACGGUCGCCAUGCUAUUCGCCAUAUCAUCGGUAACUGGCUUCUGUGUUGUUAUUGUUCUCCUACACAAGAUGACGAUUCUGCUUCUGCCGCCGCUAGUAACCCACGCAAUGCAGCCAUGUCCAGUAGUGGUAAUGAUGGUCGCCCUGUUGAUAAGUUGCCAUUUAGCAGAGUAGCCAUGUCCACCAAAAUCAAGUCAGUAAUAGAGGAAAUGAUCCCCAUAUGUGAAUUUGUCUCUGACUUGCUCAAGAUUCCAAACCAUAGUAGCACCAUAACAAGCACAUCAAUCACCCUCAAAAGGCCAACCACGGGGUCAACACCCACACAAGAUAAAUUGUUUGGGCGGAGUGCCAUUUUUGAGCAAACAGUAAAUGCACUCACUGGCGGCAUGUAUCACACUGAAACCCUCUCCGUUCUGCCUCUUGUUGGCCCUGGGGGUAUAGGAAAGACAGCCUUCUCCCAACACUUGUAUAAUGAUGAAAGGAUUGUGGGACACUUCACUGUCAGGGUCUGGAUAUGUGUCUCAACUGAUUUUGAUGUGCUUAACCUCAACCGGCAGAUCCUUAGAUGCAUACCUGCAAUUGAAAAACAAGAACACAAAUGUACAAUUGAGACAGCCAAUUUAGACCAGCUUCAAAAAUCAAUUGCUGAGAGACUGAAGUCCAAAAGGUUUUUAAUUGUCUUGGACGACAUUUGGAAAUGCAAUAAUGAAAGUGAUUGGAAUAACCUGUUAGCUCCAUUCAAAAAGGGGGAUGCCAAGGGCAGCAUGGUUCUUGUCACAACACGGUUUCCAUCUAUAGCACAUUUUGUUAAAACAACUGAUCCGAUAGAACUGCAUGGUUUGGAGCCUAAUGACAUCUUCGAAUUCUUUAAAGCAUGUAUAUUUGGUCAUAGCAAACUUGGUCAUUAUGAAAAUGACUUAAUUGAUGUUGGGAGAGAUAUUGCAAAGAAACUCAAGGGUUCACCACUAGCAGCAAAUACAGUUGGUCGGUUAUUGAAGAAAAACCUUUCUCUGGAAUAUUGGCUUGGAGUUCUUGAAAAGAAUGAGUGGCAAAAUACAAAAUAUGAUGAUGAUAUUAUGCCAUCUCUGAAAAUUAGCUACGAUUACCUUCCUUUCCUUCUAAAAAAAUGCUUUUCAUAUUGUGCUCUCUUCCCGGAGGAUUAUAAGUUUUAUAAUUUAGAAAUUACUAGCUUUUUGACUGCGAUAGGUAUCCUAGACUCUAGUUGUCAAGACGAUAAGAAUUACUUAGAAGAACUAGUGGACAACGGUUUUCUCAUGAAGGGAAGUGAGAGUUAUUAUGGUCAAUAUUAUGUGAUGCAUGAUUUAAUGCAUGAACUGUCCCGAAAUGUUUCGGCACAAGAAUGUUUCAAUAUAAAAAGUUCAAGUUUUAGUGCUGAUGAUGUCCCACAAUCUGUCCAACACUUAUCGAUCACCAUAGAGAAUAUAUAUGAUGAUAAUUUUGAGGAAGAAAUGGAAAGAAUGAAGGGCAUAAUAGAUAUUGGAAAUUUGCGGACAUUAAUGAUUUUUGGAUUAUACGAAGAAAGAAUAGCUAACGUUUGUAGAGACACAUUUGAAGAAUUAAGGGGUCUUCGAGUCUUAUAUAUAGCAAUGAACAAUCCAGAAUCUCUGCCCAAGAGCUUUCCAAAACUUAUCCACCUGCAAUACCUUAAAAUUAGGUCACUCAAUAGCUUAGAAGAGUUGACUUUACCUAGCACAUUGUCUAGAUUUUACCACUUGAAAUUCCUGGACCUGAAAGAAUGGUAUGGUAGUCCAAAGUUGCCUAAUGACAUUUGCCGCCUUGUGAAUUUAUGCCAUUUCCAUUCUUCCUAUGGACUCCAUUCCAAUAUUCCUGAGGUUGGAAAGAUGAAGUGUUUGCAAGAGCUAGAAGAAUUCUGUGUUAAGAAAGAGAGUAUUGGAUUCGAAUUGAGAGAGUUGGGGGAAUUGGAAAAACUUGGAGGAAAACUCUGUAUAAGUAAUCUUGAAACUGUGGUGUCCAAAAGAGAAGCUAGUGUUGCCAAAUUGAAGAACAAAAAGAAUCUGAAAGAGUUGAGAUUAGUUUGGAGUACUGAGCACCAGACUAUAGAUGAUGAUGUUCUGGAUGGUCUUCAACCACACCCUAAUCUUAGAGAGCUUUACAUUAUAAAUGCUGGUGUUGCCCCUUGUCCUAGAUGGUUGUGUGGUGACAUUUGCACCAAAAGGUUGGAGACUCUCUAUCUAGAGGGUCUGUCUUGGUGUACUCUUCCAGCUUUGGAGCAGCUACCACACCUCACCAGUCUCACAUUGAGGAAUAUUGCAAGAAUGCGUAUGUUUGGGCCCGGCUUUAGUGGUGUUACAGAAAGAAGUUUCAUGAACUUGAAGACAAUUGUGUUUAAAGAUAUGCCAGAACUUGAGGAGUGGGUCGGGGAACCUAAAAGCAAUCUGUUUUCAAGGCUUGAAAGAAUUAAGCUUGAAGGUUGUCCCCUUCUCUACUCAUUUCCCUUCUUGGAGUGCUCUGGCUGUUUUACCAACUUAUGUGAACUUGAUAUUAUUGGUUGUCCUAAGUUGUCUCAGUUUCCCGCCAUGCCUCAAACUUCCACACUAUCAUAUAUUCAUGUACAAGAACGUGGACCUCGAAACCUGUUCUACACGGAAAAGUAUUUGCAUAUUCAUGGAUAUAACAGUGCUUUGAUCUUCCACAAUAUGCAUAAUGUAGAGGUCAUAGUAAUUACAGAUUUUUCACAAACUUUGUUGUCAAACCUUCAGAUGCAAAACUCCCUGAGAUGCCUAGAGCUUUCUGUUGAAUUGGCUGGCAGUGUUGUCCUCCAUUCAGUUCAGAAUCUUCGCCUAGAAGGAUUAAGUAUUACUGGAGAAACAUUUUCAAAGGUUUUGAAGUGUUUCCCAGCUCUUUCCCAGCUUACUGUCAUCCAGUGUAAGAGCCUUGAACUUCCAGUAGUGGGGGGACUCUCAGCCCUCAAGAUGCUCGAAUCAUUUAUAGGGUCCGAUUGUGGGAAGAUGUUCUCUCGGUGGCCCAUGGAAGAAGUAUCUGGAGGAGCUCAUGCCAUCAAGCCUUUCCCUUCUUCCCUCAGGGGACUUGCUAUUUCUUCAGAGUCAAGCAUGAAGUCAAUGGGACUGCUCUCAAAUCUCACGUCUCUCACCAACCUAAGGCUGACAGAUUGUGAAGAGUUAACAAUGGAUGGGUUCAAUCCUCUCAUCACAGUCAACUUAAAAAAGUUGACUGUAUAUGGUAUGGAUAGGGAACAAGGGAGAAUCUCUAUAGCAGGGGAUAUGCUCACAGAGAUUGCAGAGAGCAAAUUAAUGCAUGCAGGGUCAUUCCAGUUGGAAGAAUUUUUGGUGGAUAGCGUCUCGGCAGUGCUUACUGCUCCCAUUUGCACCCAUCUUGCCACUACCCUCCACAUAUUACGAUUCUUAUUUGAUCAGUCGGUGAAAUCCUUCACAGAAGAGCAAGAGAAAGCACUUAUGCUCCUCACCUCUCUCCAACGUCUACAAUUUCAACAUUGCAUGAAUCUGCAGUCCCUCCCUCAAGGGUUACAUCGCCUUUCUUCUCUCAAGAUACUAGAGAUCUUUGGGUGUCAUGAAAUCCAAUGCAUGCCGCCCAAGGAGGGCCUCCCAACUUCACUGGAAACACUUCAUGUAGAGUAUUGCAGUACGAAGUUAACUGAGCAAGCCAAGAAAUUGAAAGGAACAGACCCGUGGUUCAAGGUUAAAAUAUCAGUGCCUUCUACUGAAAGGGAGGAGCAGGAAGAGAUAAGACAGAGAGAGAAAAUGCUCGCACACAUGCGGGGGGAAUGAGUAAGCAGCAGACAAAAGGAGUGAGCGGGCAGCAGGUCUGCCAAAUACGUGACGACACUGUAGGCAUUUGAGCCAACAGUGGCGUCUCUACCCAGUCAGCUGCCCUUGCUAAGGAAUGCAAGUAAGGGAACCAGUUCUGUUGCCAGGCUGAAAGGUAGUCACCGAGUUCAGGGAGAUGGCAGGAAGAAGAUGUUCAGGGAGAUAGCAGGAAGAAGACGUUGAUGACCUAGACACUGGAUUCAAUUAUAAUAAGCAAUGGAAUGGCAAAGGCCCGGAGCGGCAGCUGCAGGGUCAAUGAGAAGGCAUUUUGUUGUGUUCAUCCUCUCGCCAUGAACCCAAUUAUUAUGUUGCUUGGCUGACAAGUGGGCAACAGGAAUCCCUUGCUCUGUCGUGCAUUAAUGCAUUGUUAACUUUCUUCACACAUCUGGAUAGACUUCUUAAAAGAAACAUUUGCAGUGAUGUUGAUGUAUCCUCUCAGUGUUGUGGAGCUAGGUACAUUAGGAUCACACAUUCAAGUCAAUCUGCCGAACUAUAUGAAGACCUGAAUAAUGGAGCAUGUGACAGCAGGUUAAAUUGUUUUGUUGGUAGCAUGAUUUCAUUCUGAAAACUGUGCUACAUCUUGAGGGAAACAACACUUCUGAUGGUAGCUUUCUGACAAUUUGAAUGUUGCAGCACUACCAAACAAAAAUGGAGGAACAUCCUGAAUGUAGGUAUGUUCAUGACACAUACUAUGCGGCGUUUGUUCUUCAUCAGUUCUUCGUUUGUAAUAUCAAUUAAAAGAGGUGGUUCUGUACUUGACUUCUAUGGGCCAUUUGCCAAUUCAUUUCUGCACUCAUUAUUCGGAACAAGUAUCAAAACAUGUAUUCUGAUCUCUCAAGCUUAAGACAUGGUAUCCUAUUCAGUAUUCAGUGUUCAUGACUCGGGGACGAUUGCCGAUUCUGCAGAACAAUUGCAAGGCCUCUGUCAGUUGGCAAAUCUGCAUUCAGGACAGCUCUCCCAUCCAAAUAAUAACAGCAAAGGAAGAUUUUCCGAAGCAGCAACUCCAGAAAGGUUUUCCGCUACCUGUGCUCCCUAUUAAUUGGCAAAGCCAAACCCGAAGAAAGCAUGAUUCAAGGUGUUAUCAUUAUCAUUAUCAAACCCGAAGUUCAUAAGGGGGAAUAGCUAUCUAAACAUGUGCUUCUAAGCUUAGAUUGGUGGCAUCAUAUUCUUCGUCCAGGACUCGUUGAUCGAUGCUACGGAGUGGCAAAUGCUUCUGUGUGCACACUACAAUUCCCCAAUGCCAAUGACACGCACCAAGCCAUGACAUUCCACUCCGUGAACAACGCGCUUCCCGUGGCCUGCCUCUUACUGCUCGCAAAACCGGGCCACCCUCGCCCUCCUCCCGGCAUGCUGCACUCCACCGGGUGGUUUGUGCUGCCAUGGCACUUGCUCGAUGGAUGCCAACCUCACCAUCUGCCUUUGGUGUGCCCGCCUGCUAGCUGUCUCCUCUGCUACUCGCUAUAGUCCUAAGCUUGGGGAUGCCUUCCGCUCUUUCGUCUUCGUUCAUCAGUA